AUGGCAAUCAGCGCGCUGCCGCCCUCGUCGGCGCGCUUCUCGAGCGUCUGCGACGAUGGCCUCGUCUGCCUUGAGCUCGAGGAUGGCUCUGCCUACACAGGUUAUAGCUUUGGAGCCAAAAAGAGCAUUGCUGGAGAGCUGGUCUUCCAGACGGGCAUGGUAGGAUACCCCGAGUCUCUGACCGACCCGUCUUAUCGCGGUCAGAUCCUCGUCAUCACUUUCCCCCUCGUCGGAAACUACGGCGUGCCCUCCCGCGAGACGGCGGAUGAGCUGUUGGGCGACUUGCCCGCCCAUUUCGAAUCCUCCAAAAUUCACGUUGCUGGUCUUGUUACCGCGUCGUACUGCGGCGAGGAUUUCUCUCACUUUCUGGCCACCUCGUCUCUCGGCACGUGGCUCAAAGAGCAAGGCAUUCCCGCCAUGUAUGGCGUUGAUACUAGAGCCUUGACCAAGAAGAUUCGACAGAAGGGCAGCAUGCUUGGCAAGAUGAGACUCCAGGUCAAGGGGGCCCAAGCCAACGGAGUCAUCAAUGGUGCUGUUGCCGCUGCUUCUGCGGAACAAUUCGCAGAGACGGAGUGGGUAGAUCCCAACGAGAGCAAUCUCGUCGCCGAGGUGUCUAUCAAAGCUCCCAAGCUAUAUAAACCACCAAGCUCCGUGGCCAGCCGCAAGCAUCCCUCGGGCCGACCCAUUCGUGUUCUAUGUCUAGACGUCGGUAUGAAAUACAACCAGCUGAGAUGCUUCCUCAAACGCGGCGUUGAGGUCAUGGUCUGCCCUUGGGACCAUGACCUGGCCAAGGAGGCUGGCGACAAGUAUGACGGACUCUUCCUCUCCAACGGCCCAGGCGACCCAUCGAUUCUCGAUGUUACAGUCAGAAACAUACAAGCCGUCAUGGAGAAGAACAAGACGCCUGUGUUUGGCAUCUGUCUCGGCCACCAGUUGCUCGCUCGUGCUUCUGGGGCCCGGACUAGCAAAAUGAAGUUUGGCAACCGCGGCCACAAUAUCCCUUGCACCAGCAUGGUCACCGGAAAGUGCCACAUCACCUCGCAAAACCACGGCUUCGCUGUCGACGCCAACACCCUGGCUCUCGGCUGGAAGGAACUGUUUGUCAACGCCAACGAUGGCAGCAACGAGGGUAUUAUGCACGUCGACAAGCCCUACUUUAGCGUCCAGUUCCACCCCGAAAGCACCCCGGGUCCUCGCGAUACCGAGUUUCUUUUUGACGUCUUCAUCGACACCAUUGUCAAGUGCUCGGAAAAUCCAGCUCUCUUGCAGCAACCCGUCAGCUUCCCUGGCGGCACCGUGGAAGAGAAUGAGAGGCUUCAUCCUCGCGUCUCCGUCAAGAAGGUCCUGGUGCUUGGUAGCGGUGGUCUCAGCAUUGGGCAGGCUGGCGAGUUCGACUACUCGGGCAGCCAGGCCAUCAAGGCUCUCAAGGAGGAGGGCAUCUACACCAUUUUGAUCAACCCCAACAUUGCCACCAUCCAAACCUCGACGGGGCUGGCCGACAAGGUCUACUUCCUGCCGGUCAACGCCGAAUUCGUACGCAAGGUCAUACACUACGAACGGCCCGACGCCAUCUAUGUCACCUUUGGCGGUCAGACUGCCUUGCAGGUCGGUAUCCAGCUCAAGGACGAAUUCGAGGGCCUUGGCGUCAAGGUGCUGGGCACCCCCAUCGACACCAUCAUCACGACGGAGGAUCGCGAACUGUUUGCCCGCUCAAUGGAUUCCAUCGGCGAGAAGUGCGCCAAGUCUGCGUCCGCCAGCAACGUGGAGGAGGCUCUGCGUGUCGUCAAGGACAUUGGAUUUCCCGUCAUUGUUCGUGCCGCCUACGCGCUCGGCGGCCUCGGCAGCGGCUUUGCCAACAACGACGAUGAACUCCUCGACCUUUGCAACAAGGCUUUUGCGGCCAGUCCCCAGGUUCUCAUUGAACGCAGCAUGAAGGGCUGGAAGGAGAUUGAAUACGAAGUUGUCCGCGACGCCCAGGAUAACUGCAUCACCGUCUGCAACAUGGAGAACUUUGACCCCCUGGGCAUCCAUACCGGCGAUUCCAUCGUCGUCGCUCCUUCCCAGACCCUUUCUGACGAAGAUUACAACAUGCUGCGAACCACGGCCGUCAACGUCAUCCGACACCUUGGCGUGGUUGGCGAGUGCAACAUCCAGUACGCCCUCAACCCCUUUUCCAGAGAAUACUGCAUCAUCGAGGUCAACGCUCGUCUGUCCCGAUCGUCCGCACUGGCCUCCAAGGCCACGGGCUAUCCCCUGGCUUUCAUUGCCGCGAAGCUUGGUCUCGGCAUCCCCCUCAAGGAGAUUAAAAACUCCGUCACGAAAUCCACGUGCGCCUGUUUCGAGCCCUCUCUCGACUACUGCGUCGUCAAGAUGCCUCGUUGGGACCUGAAGAAGUUCACCCGCGUGUCCACCCAGCUGGGCUCUUCCAUGAAGAGUGUGGGAGAGGUCAUGAGCAUCGGUCGUUCCUUUGAGGAGGCGAUCCAGAAGGCCAUACGCUCGAUCGACUUCCACAAUCUCGGCUUCGGCGAGACCAAGGCCCUCAUGAGCAUCGACGACGAGCUUCAGACCCCGUCGGAUCAGCGGCUUUUUGCCAUUGCCAACGCCAUGCACGAGGGGUACACGGUCGACAAGAUCUGGGAGAUGACCAAGAUCGACAAGUGGUUCCUGCGCAAGCUCAAGGGCCUCAGCGACUUUGCCAAAGACAUGAGCCGGUACACCACCAAGGACAUUGUGCGCAGCCCUGGCCUGCUGCUCCAAGCCAAGCGCCUCGGGUUCUGCGACCGUCAGCUGGCCAAGUUCUGGGAUUCCAACGAGAUUGCCGUGCGGCGCAUGCGUCUCGAGGCGGGCAUCCGGCCGCUUGUGAAGCAGAUUGACACAGUAGCCGCCGAAUUCCCGGCCUUUACCAACUAUCUGUACCUGACUUACAACGCCAGCGAGCACGAUGUCUCAUUCGACGACCAUGGCGUCAUGGUUCUUGGUUCUGGCGUCUACCGCAUCGGCUCAUCGGUCGAGUUUGACUGGUGCUCUGUUCGCGCGAUUAGGACUCUGCGCAGCAGCGGCUUCAAGACCGUCAUGGUCAACUACAAUCCCGAGACGGUCAGCACCGACUACGACGAAGCCGACAAGCUGUACUUUGAGAACAUCAACCUCGAGACGGUGCUGGACAUCUACCAGCUCGAGGCUGCCAGCGGCGUUCUCGGGGCGAUGGGCGGUCAGACGCCCAACAACAUUGCCCUGCCGCUGCACCGAGCCGGCGUCAAGGUCCUCGGCACCUCCCCCGAGAUGAUCGACAUGGCGGAGAACAGGUACAAGUUCUCCCGCAUGCUGGACCGCAUCGAAGUCGACCAGCCCACGUGGAAGGAGCUCACCAGCUUCUCGGAGGCGCGAGAGUUUUGCAAUGCCGUCGGCUACCCCGUGCUCGUCAGGCCGUCAUACGUGCUGUCUGGCGCCGCCAUGAACACCGUCUACUCGGAGAAGGACCUGGAGAGCUACCUGGCUCAGGCCGCCGAGGUUUCGCGGGAGCACCCCGUCGUCAUCUCCAAGUACAUUGAGAACGCCAAGGAAAUCGAGAUGGAUGCGGUCGCCAAGGACGGCGUCGUCGUCGGCCACUUCAUCUCGGAGCACGUGGAGAACGCGGGAGUCCACUCGGGCGACGCCACGCUCAUUCUGCCCCCGCAGGACUUGGAGAAGACGACGAUUGAGAGGAUCGAAGAGGCCACCCGAAAGAUUGGUGCCGCCCUGAACGUGACGGGGCCCUUCAACAUUCAGUUCAUUGCCAAGGACAACGACAUCAAGGUGAUCGAAUGCAACGUUCGCGCCUCGCGAUCCUUUCCCUUUGUCUCCAAGACGAUGGGGGUCGACCUGAUCGAGAUGGCCACCAAGGCCAUCAUGCACCAACCUUUUGAGGAGUAUCCUGCCACGACGAUCCAGCCCGAUUGCGUCGGCGUCAAGGUGCCGCAGUUCAGUUUCUCGCGGCUCUCGGGCGCCGAUCCGGUGCUGGGCGUGGAGAUGGCCUCGACCGGGGAGGUGGCUUGCUUCGGCGUGGACAAGUACGAAGCUUACCUGAAGGCGCUGCUGUCGACCGGCUUCAAGAUUCCCAAGGCCAACGUGCUCCUGUCGGUCGGCUCGUACAAGGACAAGAAGGAGCUGCUGCCGUCGAUCCAGAAGCUGCAGCGCAUCGGCUACAAGCUGUUCGCCACGGCCGGCACUGCCGACUUCCUGCAGGAGCACGGCGUGCAGGUUCAGUUCCUCGAGGUUCUGGGACGGGACGAGGACAUCAGCUCCGAGUUUUCCCUCACGCAGCACCUGGCCAAGAACAUGAUUGACCUGUACAUCAACCUGCCUUCGAACAACAAGUACCGCCGGCCCGCCAACUACAUGAGCAAGGGCUACAAGACGCGCCGCAUGGCCGUCGACUACCAGAUUCCGCUCGUGACCAACGUCAAGAAUGCCAAGAUUCUGGUCGAGGCCAUUGCGCGCCACGUCUACUUGGACGUCUCGAAGCGUGAUUUCCAGCUGAGCAAGCCGGCUGCUCCCGCGGCUUCCCCCUGGAGCCGGUCCGCCAAGACGCCCGAGAUGAAGGCUACCCUGCCUUCCAUCGGGCAGGUGACGUCGGACAGCAGCCCCCGGCGCCGAACGGUGGUUGACGGAAUCCUGGGCUCGCCCCCUCGCGGUGGUCACAUUGACGAGCUCAGCCUCCUGCCCGCGGCCGUGCAGGCCUUUUCCGUCAGCCCCUCGGUCCUGAAGCUCCUGUCUCAGCCCAGCGUGUUCAACAAUAGCCACGUGUUGUCGGUCAAGGAGUACACCCGGGCCGAUCUUCACCUGCUCUUCACGGUGGCGCAGGAGAUGCGCCUCGGCGUGCAGCGCGCCGGCGUGUUGGACCUGUUGCGAGGUCGGGUGCUGUGCACGCUGUUCUACGAGCCGUCGACCAGGACGUCGGCCUCGUUCGACGCCGCCAUGCAGCGGCUCGGCGGCCGCACCGUGUCGGUGCCCACGUCGCAGUCCUCUGUCAGGAAGGGCGAGUCGCUGCAGGACACGCUGCGCACGCUGGCCUGUUACGGCGACGCCAUCGUGCUGCGGCACCCGGACGAGAACUCGGUGGAGAUUGCGGCAAAGUACAGCGACGUGCCCGUCAUCAACGGAGGCAACGGCAGCAGGGAGCACCCCACGCAGGCGUUCCUGGACCUGUUCACCAUCCGGGAGGAGCUGGGCACUGUGCAGGGGCUGACCAUAACGUUCCUGGGCGAUCUGCUGUACGGCCGAACCGUGCAUUCGCUGGUGCAGCUCCUGCGGCACUACCAGGUGCAGGUGCAGCUGGUGGCCCCCCGAGGCCUGGAGCUGCCCGGGGACGUGAAGGAGCAGCUGGUGCGAAGCGGUCGGCUCUUGUGCGAGUCGGAGACGCUGACGCCCGAGAUAAUCGCCCGCAGCGACGUCCUGUACUGCACGCGCGUGCAGCAAGAACGGUUCGAGAGGAAGGAGCAAUACGACCUGGUCAAGGACUCGUACCGGGUGGACAAUGCCGCUCUGAAGCAUGCCAAGAGCCAGAUGGUGGUUAUGCAUCCGCUGCCGAGGAACGAGGAAGUGGCGGACGAGGUGGACUUUGACCAGCGCGCGGCGUACUUUCGGCAGAUGCGCUACGGACUAUACUGCAGGAUGGCGCUGCUGGCGCUCGUCAUGGCUCCGUCGUAG